CGUAAACCUUCAAAUUAAAGAAAAAUUCACCAAGCCCUAAAAUUUCAGUUUUUUUUUUUGACGAAUGUGGUUGGUUUAGAUCGCACGAGUCACGAGACCAAAACUAACGAAGAUACGUUGUCGUUUUGGUUUCCACAAAGUACUCACGCGCAUUCAGCAGCGCGUGAUUGGCAAUUCCUGAAUAUCUUCAGAUCACAGGCCCUGAUAAUUUCUCUUCUCCGACAGAGAGAGAGAGAAGCAGAUCGUAUCAUCACGAGACGACCAUCGGAAUAACAGAGAAAGAGAGAAAAAGAGAGAGAGAGAGAGAGAGAGAGAGAGAGAGAGGAUGUCUGGUGUGGUUGCUCUUGGUCAUGCGAGCUCGUGGGGCGCAGCGCUGGUAAGGAUCUCGCCGUAUACUUUCUCCGCAAUCGGAAUCGCCAUCUCGAUCGGUGUCUCAGUCCUCGGUGCCGCCUGGGGAAUUUACAUUACGGGAAGUAGUUUGAUCGGUGCGGCUAUAGAAGCUCCUCGUAUUACUUCGAAGAAUCUCAUCAGUGUCAUCUUUUGCGAAGCUGUUGCUAUAUAUGGAGUUAUUGUUGCAAUCAUACUGCAAACAAAGUUGGAGAGUGUCCCAUCUUCAAAGAUGUAUGAUGCUGAGUCUCUUAGAGCUGGAUAUGCAAUCUUUGCAUCUGGAAUUAUAGUUGGAUUCGCCAACCUUGUAUGCGGGUUAUGUGUAGGAAUCAUUGGAAGCAGUUGUGCAUUGUCCGAUGCUCAGAACUCCACACUUUUUGUAAAGAUUCUUGUGAUCGAGAUAUUCGGGAGUGCUCUCGGGUUGUUUGGAGUUAUUGUGGGAAUUAUUAUGUCUGCACAAGCGACAUGGCCAACGAAAUAGAUAUAUAUAUAUCCGGUCUGUAUAUGUUGUGGUCUACUUGCAAAUCUGGAAAAACAUGGCUUCUUGAUUAUCUUCAUUGUUAUAUCGUUCCAAUGUCUAGACGAAAAUCUUGUGUGAAAACUGAGAACCACUUUUGGAUCCCCAAUUUUUUGUAUUUGUUUAAAACUUUUGAAUAAGUCCUUUUGGAGAACAUCUUCAUGUUUGUAUUCUCUUAUAAUCAAAGACAAAGAGUUUGUAUAUGAUUUGUUAAAACUGAACUAGUCAUUUUAUCAAGUCUGUUUCCUC